AUGUCAAGGACAAAGCAAACAGCUUCAAAAGCACUUGGGGGAAAGGCACCGAGAAAAGGUGUAUCCAUGAAGUCGAUCCAAUCCUCUGGAUCCUCGUCUGUCAUGGCCAAGAGAACAAGGUUUAAGGCUGGAGCUCUUGCUCUGAAGGAGAUAAGGAAAUACCAGAAGAGCACCGACCUGUUAAUAAGAAAGAGGCCAUUCCAAAGGAUGGUUCGGGAGCUGUGCAAGGGGGGCGAGGGCAUAAGGUUCCAGGCCUCUGCAAUUGUUGCUUUCCAGGAGGCUGUCGAGAAUUUCUUGACAAACCUUAUGGAAGAUGCCUAUAGAUGUGUUCUUCAUGCAAAGAGAGUGACUCUAAUGCCAAAGGAUAUUUGUCUUGUGUAUAAGAUAAAGUACGCAAACAUUCUGUAUGCAGCUCUUGAUUGA